UAUAAAUGGUAAUCCAUGCGUAUUUGCUUGUCCUUGACUGAUAUUCAUUGAUGCAGUACACUGGGGCACUCCACACGGAAUAAUCAGCAUGCUACUCAUUGCUACUACUAUCUACACUCUUUCAGCUCUAGCUCAACAUGUUCAGGCCCAGACAACUUGCAGCACCUGGGUAUAUUCCCCAGAUCCUACGAUCUGGAACGUUAUUUGUGAGACCGUUACUACAGGUAACCCCUUGAUAGGCACCACAGAGUCUUUUGCGCCUGGGGGUCAAACGGAAUCGGAAGAUUCCAACUUCACCUAUAGCCAGAUAUAUACAAGAUCGAGAACGGGAAGUGGGAACCACAAUUCUACACAGUCCACAGACUCUUCCACGAAGAGCCGUCGGACUCCCACAGUUGUACCACUCGCCGGUCCGACUACUCUCCAAUCUGUUAGUUUUUGCUGCACUCAGUAGUAUAUGAACUGCCCGGUGCAGGCCCAUCAUAGGCAUUACUCAGUGUCUUCAAGUAGUCAAGAAAAGUGUGAAGAAGAGCGACGGGCAUAGAUGUUAUAGCCUCCAAUAGUCGUAACCCACUUUUACUUUCGGGUCUGCGGCAGAUCAGGACAUUGUAUGUUGGAUCGGCGUAAAGCUGAAGGUAUGUGAAAACGGGGUCGGGAUCCUUGUGGCCUUCCGGCGUCGUUGCUGAG